AUGAGGUUUACGCGCACCUACUCGUCCAGUCGGAACCAAUCAUCUGCUCACGUGUAUGGUUCCGGACCGCAGCUCGACACCUACGUCGGUUCGCGAAGGAAAAUGCGCCUGAUUGCUGUGGCCAGAACUACGCAUGUACGCACUACGAUGGGCGACUACGCCCGCGAACAAGCCUACUACGGGUCUGCCGCCAGCCGCUUUACGUUCCUACGGUUCUUUACCAUCGGCGAGGCGAAUCUACGCCGUGUGCGCCAUCUACGCCUCAGUGCCUUUACUGCGUACUAUUCGUACUGUAUAGCUGGGCCCGGCGAGAAGCAGUGGCAGUUCUUCCGCCCUGCAGCCCUCGACGCGGCGUCCUGGACGGCAUUGCUUGAAGGCUUACUUACUCUUGAGUUCAUCAUGAAAUCUAUCCCACUCGCUCAGUGUGAGAAGCAAGUCACAGAUGGAAUAUCUAGCUGUGGAAAUGAAUGGAUGCCUAGAGACAAUGUCACUAUUGCGCAAGGAACGGACACGCGUAGUGGAUAUAGUACGGCGGUGCAAACCUUUUGUAGCACAGCGAAUGGGCAGACAGUGAAGUCUGGGGGAUAUCUCUCACUCGCGACAGAAGUCUUCCUUAACGACGGGAAGAGCCCCGCUACAUACGGUGUUCUAGGAUUUGUAUACUUCGAGGUCCACAAUAAAGAAAACUCGGAUCAUACUAUUUCAACCGAGAAUUGUGAGAAAUACCUCUUGGCACUUAGCGCUGACGGUGGUCAAUGUUCUGGAGAGCAAAACCAUGACACGAAGGGUGGCACUUGGCAAGUCGGGAAUAAUGGCGUCUCAUACCAUGCCCUGGGAAAUGAGAUACCACCCAAACAAGACGCCGUUAAUAAGUUAUUUUCCGGCUCUGCUUUGGGGGCACAAAGUGUCAAUAAAGGAUCCGGCCCACCCCUGAACCCCUGGCCGCUGGAUUCUCUGAAUAGCGUCAAGCCUACGAACUGCCAUAGUCAUAACGACUAUACCCGAAAUAUCCCCGUAUACUCAGCUUUAAGUGCAGGGUGCAUUGGGAUUGAAGCUGAUGUUUGGUAUUCUAACGGAGACGUUAUUAUUGGCCAUAUCCUUCCAACUCCUGGAAGGACUUUAACAGUGCAGUAUACCCAGCCGCUGCGAGCAAUACUGGAUCACAACAACGGCGGCUCUCCCGGGAAUGUUGGUCUGUACAAGGCCAGCCCCGGACAGAGCGUCACGCUCCUUGUAGAUUUCAAGACCUCUGAUACCCAGACUCUGGAUGCUGUCGUCAAGGCACUCCAACCCCUCCGGGACGGCGGAUACCUCAGUCACCUCGAUGGUGAUAAGUUCGUUGAGAGACAGAUAACAGUUGUCGCUAGCGGGAGUGCUCCAUUUGACCGCAUCAACUCAGGCGACGGUGUUCCUAACAGAGACGUAUUUUACGACGCCCACGUAGACCAAUGGGACAGUAAAUUCACCAGCCAGAAUUCAUACUACGCCUCGGCCGAUUUUGAAGACGCCGUUGGAAGCCCAGGCAGCGUGAGCGACUUCAGUCAGGACCAAAAGAGUACAGUCCAAUCGCAAGUUGAGAAAGCUCAUUCGGCAGGUCUUAAAGUGCGAUACUACAAUUUGCCGGGAGAUUAUCUUUGGGAACCCCUCGCAGCUCUUGGAGUAGAUCGGUUAAACGCUGAUGAUAUGUAUGACACGGCUAGACUUCCACGGAUCGAUGCGGAGCGGCGCGGCGCGACGGUAGCAAUCUUUGCAGUCGUCACGAGUGUUCGGUCGAAGAUUGUAACGGGAGGAGGUUCGAGAAGAGCCAGUUCUGUGGCGCGCACAAAUGUGUUACUAAGGGAUGCGCGGAUGUUCAAAUUGAAGGGUUUCGCCAUUGCGCACAGCACAAGUGCCGUUCGUGCGAGAGGCCUUGCAUCCCUGAGAGUGGUUUUUGUCGUCGACACAAAUGCCGAGAGCCGAGAUGUCCGCAAGCACGAGCGAGCGGCACGACCUGGUGUCUACGGCAUGUCUGUCAAUGGGUCGGAUGUACUGAGCCUGCGUUCCAGCGUAAUGGGUACUGUGGUGACCAUACCUGCUCUGCAGGAGAUUGCACUGAGAGCGUAG